AGCAAGCAGCCAGUCAGUCCGUAAAGAGAAACCACUGGCGAGACUUUUUUAGACAGCAGCACAGGACGGGACCGUCGGUGAGAAACGAAACCAUAAUGUGGAGUCGACAGCCGAAGGACAGCACCAACUGAGCCUGAGGACCGCGAAGGGGAACAGCCGAGCCGAGGGAGCUGUCAUUUUUAACUUAACGGGUCCGCCGGCUCUGCUCCUCAGUCACAGACUAAAGGCACUCGCGCGCUCGUUGGCUCGUCGCUGGCAGGUUAGCUAACCCCGCUAGCUGCUCGGCUAACACCCACCGCUCCUCGCAGCUCUUCUCGCCGGGGGAAACUGCACCUGUCCCGGCUGUCAGUCCCACAGUGUCCUCCUAGAAACUUCAAACAAUGUGCUGCUCAGUUCUGAGCGACUUUUUGCGCCCGAGGGGGGUUUUGACACACACUUUGCCAAGCGACCAGUGAUUGCUAAACGGUCCAAGCUAACAAGUUGACGUGGAAGAGGAACUCAAGAUUACUGUCGGUGUUCUCCAAGCUGUGAUUUCAUACGGAUUACUUUUUUUUGUCGCCUGCCCUGAGGUGGUCUCUUCGGUGAUCCCAAACAAAUCGUCCAGGUUACAUAUAAACCAGCCAGUUAGCUAUGUUUAUUUGUGGCCAGAAAGUAAUUUCCAGUGUUUACAAAUUCCACAGUGGGACUCUUUCCUGGUUCGAGUGCUGCAACGGAAACAUUAGCUAACACAGACUAGCUCAGAUUAGUGUCGUCGUGUUUUGUUUACUAGGUAGAUAGAUAGUGGGACUAAACAGUUUGCCAAACAAUUUAAAUACAAAGAAAAACUGCAUAGCAGCUCUUGAUUGUGGUUUCCUGCAGUUUUUUUUGCCACCAGUGAUCUGACUUUACUGCAGACGAGACUGCACAGGUUUUUGUACGCACCUGGAGAGAGAAAAAAACUCAACAGCGGGUGUCUGAUCGCAACCCUUUACCUCCUCUUGACAGCGAAGUCACGUUGAGUUGUGCCCCGCAGGGAGCUGAUCCAUCGAUCGGAUCGUUAUUGUGCUAUUUUAGCUGAUUGUGGUGUGGGGGAAAAAAAAAGCGGAAAUAGAAGCGAUGUCGGGGCAAUCUAUCACGGAUCGGAUCGCGGCAGCGCAGCACAGCAUGACCGGGUCGUCUAUCAGCAAGGCUGUGUGCAAAGCCACCACACAUGAAGUCAGCGGACCCAAGAAGAAGCACCUUGACUAUCUGAUCCACUGCACCAAUGAGAUGAACGUGAACAUUCCCCAGCUGGCGGACACGCUGUUCGAGCGCACGGCCAACUCCAGCUGGGUGGUGGUCUUCAAAGCCCUUAUCACCACCCACCACCUCAUGAUGUACGGCAACGAGCGUUUCAUCCAGUACUUGGCCUCCAGAAACACCCUGUUUAACCUGAACAACUUCCUGGAUAAGGGAGCUCUGCAAGGUUACGACAUGUCAACCUUCAUCAGACGAUACAGCCGUUACCUGAACGAGAAGGCCAUGUCCUACAGGCUGGUGGCUGUGGAUUUCACCAAGAUGAAGAGGGGGAUUGACGGUGUGAUGCGUACCAUGAACACCGAGAAGCUGAUUAAGACGCUGCCCAUCAUUCAGAACCAGCUGGAUGCUCUGCUGGAUUUCCAGGCCAACCCUAAUGAGCUGACCAACGGCGUGAUCAACUCAGCCUUCAUGCUGCUUUUCAAAGACUCCAUAAGGCUGUUUGCUGCUUACAAUGAGGGGGUCAUCAACCUAUUGGAGAAAUACUUUGACAUGAAGAAGAACCAGUGCAAAGAUGCUCUGGACAUCUACAAGAAAUUUCUUUACAGGAUGACGAAGCUGUCAGAGUUCCUCAAGGUGGCCGAGCAAGUUGGAAUAGAUCAGGGUGACAUCCCAGAUCUCUCACAGGCCCCCAGCAGCCUCCUGGAGGCUUUAGAGCAGCACCUGGCCUCUCUGGAGGGCAAGAAGACCAAGGAAUUGAAUGCAGACACCAGAGCAUCCACCCUGUCCAGCGCUGUCUCAUCUCUGUCCUCCACCGGCAUGUCCUUCAGCCGCAUGGACGAGAAGGAGAAGCAGCAGGCCUUGGAGGAGGAACAAGCCAGACUGCAGGCUCUUAAGGACCAGCGUCUGAAGGAGAUCAGCAUGCAGACCCCACCCUCUGCCUCCCCCAGCAGCCAGUCGAUAGGCAGCGCCAACAACAACCACAUCACACAAACCCCAGAGUUGUUCACCUCCACGCUGUCUGCCAACAGUGUUCCCAAUCUGAACAGUGACCUGUUUGAUCUCCAGCCAGCCUUCAUCCCCGCUGUGCAGAGCACUCCUUCAAUCUCCACCGCCAACAGUGCCUGGGGAGGAAUGGAGAGCCAGCCUCUGCAGCAGACCACCCCGGCCAUGACUGUAGAUUUCGAUGCUGUGUUUGGGAAUAAGGCCACGCCCAGUAACAACGGCUCACAACCUGCAGCUGGGUUCGAUGCUCUCGGCGACCUGCUGAAGCCUACAAUCCCCACGCACACUGCACCUCCUCCUCCUCCUCAAAUGGCCAUCCAUCCAGGAGGAAAGCUGCUAGCCAACGACCUCGACUCUUCUCUGGCCAACCUUGUGGGCAAUCUUCAGUUUGGUGGGACCCCAGCCAAGAAGCCAGAGAUGCAUUGGAGCCAGCCUGGAGAGAAGAAGCUGACGGGAGGCCAGAACUGGCAGAAUAAGACCAUGUCGACCACACAGUGGGGCCCGGCGCCCAUGGCCCCACAGCCCAUGCCUGUACAACAUGUGGCUCCAGCUCCCAUGGCUUUUCCCAUGACCACACCGCAAGUGCCUGUGUAUGGAAUGGUCCCUCCCCAGAUGGGUCAGAUGGGCGGGGUACCAGUGAUGGCUCCUCAGCCAAUGAUGUAUAACCAGCCUGUUCUCAGACCCACCAACCCCUUCACACCCAUGCCGGGGGCCCAGGUCAGCUAUCAGAUGCAGUUUAUGUAAUCCAGUCAGGGGGGAAGCAGAGUGCCAAAAGCGACAAACAAACAAACAUCAGAAGAAACACACAAGAGGAGCGAUCAGAUGGACGGAGGGAUUAUUUGAUCAAGCUAAAAACGACUGAGAGACGGACAGACGACAAGAUAACCAACCAACGCCAAAAAACAGGCCGGAGAGUGGAGGAGAAGAUGGCCGAGCAGAGGAUGGAGGGAUGGAGGGAUGGAGGGAGGCGGUGGGGAGGAGGUCGUCCUGCCUGGUCGUCGUCUGAAACAACUUCUUGCGUGCGUGUGUGUGCGUGUGUGUGUAGCUUCUUUCUGUUAUACUGUUUAAAUCGAUGGAGUGACGUUUCAGGAGAGGGAAUAAAGAUGAGAGAGAAUGACAGGAAGAAAGAUGGAGGAGGAGAGAGGAGAGAAGAGGGGAUUGAGGAAAUCCUACCUCUGGUUUUCAGUCAGACCGAACUCGUCUGGCUGCUUGUGAGAGUCUCUGCUGCAGAAUUAGCUUUAUUUCAUACUGGUGCUAUUUUGUCCCCUCCGGGUUACCGUCCGCCUGCAACGGCUGCUUGGGAGCACUUAGGAGGGGUCAAGUGUUUGUUUAGUGUGUGUGGACGGAACAAAAAUGUGUGUUUGUGUGCGCACAGCAGUUGUUUCAGACAACGCCUUUACAACCGGCCUCCUCGCCAUCCCCUUUGGUUCGCUGUCUGCGUCCACGACCGUCCAAUCAGCGAGAGUUUCAGAGGCAAACCUUCCCAAGUCCCGUAAUUUUCUGCUCUGUUGGGAUAUCUUUGUAUUUUUCAAUCUGUUUUCUUCUGCGGCCUCCUCGAGUGUCACCGGGGCUUGUGCAGCAAUUUGUUGAACCCUUUGUUAAUAGUAGGUGAGCGUUUGUUGUUAUGGGUUUUAAGCUCAAGUCUUUGUUACUCAUACUGCAUUGUUUUCUUCUCUUAAAGGUACAGAUACACACAGAGAAACGGGGUUUAGCGGUGACAACAUGCUAGCAUGGUACAUAGUCGCCAUAAGGCCUGGUCAUGGCAGAAAAUGGCACAGCGAAGUUCAUCUGCACGUCUCUGAUGGACGGUGACUGCUCGCAGGGAUAUUUAGCAAGCUACUGUAGCUGGCAGGCUAACCUAGCUAGGAACAUGCAAGCUAGUUAGUCACAUUUUCUCUCUUAGCGUCUCUCCAUUUCAGUGUUGUUUACCUUCCCCUGCUAUUUUAUUCCCAAGAUUGUACAUCAUUCAAUUCAAUAAAGAGUUUUUAAAGCGAGGAAGCAAAAGCUCGCUUAGCUAGCUAGUGUAGUAACUCUCAGCUAGCAAGUUUGUUAGCUUGAUAGCUAACUGGACAAUGAGUUCCCACUGUUUGUUGAAAAAACAAAACAGUAUUUUGGUGUACAAAUCAUUCAUCCUUUGUGGAGCAAUUUUACUCCAAGGUGGUUAAACAGAGCAUGGUGGUGCAUCACAGCUAAUGCUACGAUAGCUUCCUCCAUCUUUGACUCUCCGUUCCCCCAAAGGUUAGUACACUUUGGCUGCUAUUAAGAAAUUUGUGUUUUUUUUUGUACUGAAGAGACUGCAGAGUGUUAAUUAGCACCAUUAGCCUGCUAGCCGUCUGUUAGCACCACGUUGACCUGUGUGUAUCUGUCCCUCUCGUCUUCAUCAGCUCACCAACCAGAUUCAGACAUCAAAGGUUUCCAGAAUAAGAGCUUUUUCAUUAGGUACGCCCUGUUAGCAGAUCCACACUGUGUGCCAAUGAUUGACGACAGCAGCACUGACUGAGUGAUUAAAUGUUACUGAAUCAAGCUGAAUUCACUUUAAAUUGCACUGAAUCAAAGUGAGUGGCUGUAAGUGCGACCGUCUGCGCCGAGAGCCAAGCGGCGCCGAACUUUUGGCAUCGCCCUCGCCCCGCGGUUCCAGGAAAUUUUGGGGAUCAAAUCUGACUCGUGUAGGAGGUCGUGGCCAUUCCUCAGCCAAAGCAUCCGUCGCCGUGAGUUUGACUGUUGGCGUAUGCGCGGAUAAUACAUUUUGGUGUGCGUUCACGUGUGUGUGCUUUCACAUUAAUGUGUUUGUUUUCCAUUGAGGGCUAUUUCUGAGGGUCACGUUGUGUCGAAGGUCGAGCCAAAUUUGGAGCCAGCGACCUCGACGCGAGAUGCGCUUGUUUUUGUUUUUUGUAAAAUCAAAUUUUGUUGCGAAAUGCGCACGCAAAAAAAAAAAAAAAGAAGAAGAAAUGUUUGCACUGAAGUGA